AUGCGGUCGCAAGGUGACAACGAUUGCAAUUCAGGCCAAGACAAAAACGAAACGGGCGCCAAUUUCGAGCCACCAGUUCCUGAGGAAGUGAGCGCGGCGUCGCAUGGGGACAACGUUGGUGGGAGAAUCAUGGGCGUGUUGUUCUGGGACUGCUUGCCUUGUGGCUAUGGGUAA